CUGGGAAGGCUUUGAGAAACUCGUCUCUCCUCCGGUUAUUGAGAAACUGGAACCAGUUACCCAUGGAGUCCGAACUUGUCUUCCCGAUGCACGGCCCCAGCUGGCUGGGUGCUGCGCUCUUCCUUGGGGUACAGCUCCCAGCACUGUGGCCUGUGGCAGCCAUGGAGGUUCACACUUCCAAGGAGGUGAAUGCUGUGAAUGGCACUAACCUGCGGUUGAAAUGCACCUUUUCCAGCAGCAGCCCUAUCAGCCAGCAUCUGUCCGUGACCUGGAACUUCCAGCCUGAGGACCUGGGCUCUCAUGAGCUAGUAUUGUAUUACCUGCAGGAGCCCUACAAUCUGCCUACUGGACGGUUUAAAGAGCGAGUCACUUGGGAUGGGAAUAUUGAGCGUAAUGAUGUUUCCAUCAUGAUCUGGAAUUUGCAGCCCACUGACAACGGGACAUUCACCUGCCAGGUGAAGAACCCCCCCGAUGCUAAUGGGGUGAUCGGUGAAGUGCGACUCAGAGUUGUGCAGAAAGUGCACUUCUCAGAAAUCCACUUCCUGGCUGUGGCCAUUGGGUCUGCUUGCGUUCUGAUGAUCAUUGUGGUGACGGUUGUCAUUAUCUGUCGACACCAUCGGAAGAAAGCACAAGAGAAGAGGAUCGAGGUGACAGGCACUGAACUUAAAGAAAAGGAGAGUCUGAAGGCAAGAGAAGAAAAGGAAGGCAGUCCAUUAGAAGAUUAGGGGCCUUUGAUGGUGUAUACACUGCAGGUGCUUCUAAGGCAGAUGCAGAAACCUUGUAAUUUGGGAUGUUAGGAUGAAGCUGAAUUCCAGAGGCCUCACGCUGGGAGCGUGGUGUCCCCGCUCAACCUGAAAUUCUGGCAAGGAAAGAGAAUGACAUUAACACCAGUUAAUGAACUCCUCCAUUGAAGCAAAGCAGGAGGAACUUGCUCCAUGAACAAGGAACUUUCCUUCACCUUCACGCCUGCAGAACGUGCCGAAGUCUGCUCUGACAGAGUGCUGUAAGACUGGGGCAGGAUGCUGAGCUACCUGACUGAGCAGGGA